AUGGUCGCGGCUGUGCCACGCCAUCUGGACGAGCGCUCGGUCCAGACGACCAUCACCGUUAUCCAAAACAACAACCUUGAUGUCAUCGACCAGCUGACCCAGCUCGCCGAGAGCCAGUUUGGCGCUCUCAUCCAGUCCCAAAUCGCCUUGGUUAGCCAGCUGCAGACCAUCAAGGACAACAUCCGCGUCAACCACUUCAGGUCUCGGUUCAGCCAGGCGAACACCGUCAUCGUGACCGUGACCUGCGUCUUGGAUCGCCGCAACGGAGGUGCCGGCACGAACCGCUACCUCGUCAACCAGCUGCUGGCCGACAACGGGGCCGGCAGCCGCAACAUCGCCGUCAUGGUCUCCGACGCCGAGACCAUGACCAUCCUGCCCACCGCUACGGGCUCCUCCUUUGCGAGCCAGUUCACCGCUUCAACGGCAGCGUCAUCCUCCUCCCAACACCGACCCCCGACCCUGAACCUCAUCUUCCCGGACCCCGCCGCCAUCAUCUUCCCCAACCAGGCUGCCUUCAUCGAGAGCCCAAACACCUUCUUCCAGAGCUGCGCAAACUUCGCUUCCAACGGUAAUAGCUUCGUCAACCUCGGAGGGGCCUUCCUCAACGGCUUCCAGCAGAUCGCCGCCGCUCAGCUUGCCGGCCUGCGCGCUCAGUGGCUCGUCCGCUUCGGUGCGCAGCCGCUUGGUUUUGGGUUCGGGUUCGCGACGAGCACGUCGACAUCCACCGCCGCAGCUGCUACCUCGACAUCAUAA